UCCCCUUCCCCCGCAGAUAGCGAGAUUUUUCACCGUCUCGGCGUCUCCUCUCCUCUGCCCGUGCAGUUGACGCUUCCGCCACUGCGUGGGCACGCAGCACAAUUCGAAACCCCACCGCACACUCCCUCCUCGCCUCCCUCCCUUCCUUGCCUAGGCGGCAACGCCUCCGUCCUUUAUAACCCAGCGGCCCCUCCCGCGUGAGGCACCGAGGCCGGGGGGGUGGUAGACCGCAGACGAGCCGAGCCGAGCCGAGCCGCGCCGCGCUGCGCCGUGACCGUCCUCCGCCGGGGUUCGAGUCAGCGAGAGCGGCGGUAGGAGGAGGAGAUGGAGGCGGAGAAGAAGCCGCCGGCGGUGUCCGACGUCGGGGCGUGGGCGAUGAACGUCGUCAGCUCCGUGGGCAUCAUCAUGGCGAACAAGCAGCUCAUGUCCUCCGCCGGCUACGCCUUCUCCUUCGCCACGACGCUGACAGGGUUUCACUUCACGGUCACGGCGCUCGUCGGAUGGAUCUCGAACGCCACCGGCUACUCCGUCUCCAAGCAUGUCCCGCUCUGGGAGCUCGUCUGGUUCUCGCUCGUCGCCAACACGUCCAUCACCGGGAUGAACCUUAGUCUCAUGCUCAACUCCGUCGGCUUCUACCAGAUCUCAAAAUUGAGCAUGAUCCCGGUGGUUUGCUUCAUGGAAUGGGUGCUCAACAGCAAGCACUACACUACCAAGGUUAUAUCGGCGGUGGUGGUCGUGGCAGCGGGUGUUGGGAUUUGCACGGUCACGGAUGUGGAGGUCAAUGCCAAGGGGUUCAUCUGUGCUUGCGUGGCUGUGUUCUGCACAUCGCUUCAACAGAUUACAAUUGGCUCCUUUCAGAAGAAGUACAACAUUGGGUCAUUUGAACUUCUGAGCAAAACUGCUCCAAUACAGGCAGUGUCUCUUAUUAUACUUGGCCCCUUUGCUGAUUAUUACCUAAACGGGCGAUGGCUCUUAAACUACAACUUUUCAACAGGGGCAACUUUCUUCAUUCUGCUUUCUUGCUCCUUGGCUGUCUUCUGCAACAUGAGCCAGUACCUCUGCAUCGGCCGGUUCUCUGCAACCUCGUUCCAGGUCCUGGGCCACAUGAAAACCGUCUGUGUGCUCAUUCUUGGAUGGGUCCUGUUCGACUCGGCCCUCACCGUGAAGAACAUCCUCGGGAUGCUCCUCGCCGUGAUGGGCAUGGUGGUCUACAGCUGGGCCGUGGAGACGGAGAAGAAGGCCACCGCCCCAAUCCCACGGAACAAGAGCGACAUGCUGGACGAUUCCGAGGACGUUCCUCUCAAGGCCAGGGUGAGCGGCCUGCCCACGUCGGACCUCGAGGAAGGCGAGAUGAAGAGCUAGCUAAUGACAGAUUAUUUAUUCAUUCUUCUUGUUCUUUUUGUACGUGUUCAAAAAUCCAUCCAUAUUGCCCCCAUUGUAGGGGGAAGUUCUUGAAGCUAUCGGCACUUGUGUUAAUUUUGCCUCCUCUCUUGUUCCUGGGGCUCAUAGAUGAUGAUGGUGAUGACCCCUACCGGUCUCGACGUAGAUGACCAUUUUAGAAAGCCAUGUCAAAUCCUUGAUGGCGUGUUGUUAUUAUAGAUGACAAGACUAUAAUGGAAUACAGGUGUUUCUCCGUUGUAGGAUGCUGCUG